CCGUCAACCACCAUGAAGGCUUUCCAGAUCAAGUACCACGCCCACCCGCGCGAGCAUGCAGUCUCGGACAUCCCCCCGCCCGUCCCCGGCCCCGGGCAGGUGCUCGUGGACGUAUAUGCCGCGGGGCUCAACUUCUUCGACGUGCUCCAAGCGCAGAACCUGUACCAGCACAAACCCCCUCUCCCGUUCACGCUCGGCGUCGAGUUCGCGGGCCGCAUCGCCGCGUCCUCCCCCAUCCCCCCCGGGUGCCGGUUCAAGCGCGGGGACCGGGUGAUCGGGCGCGGGCUCGGCGCGUACGCCGAGCAGAACGUCGCGCUGCCCGCCAACCUCCUCCCGCUCCCCGAGAGCAUGAGCUACGAGCAGGGCGCGGCGUUCUACGUCGCCUAUCCCACGAGCUACGAGGCGAUCGUGGGGCGCGGGCGCGCGCGUGCUGGUGAAUGGGUGCUGAUCCAUGCGGCCGCGGGCGGGGUUGGCGUCGCGGCGGUGCAGAUUGCCAAGGGCCUUGGGUGCCGCGUCAUCGGCACGGCGAGCACGGAGAAGAAGCGCGCCGUCGCGCGCGCCGCUGGCUGCGACUACGUCCUCGACUACACCCUCCCGGGGUGGCAAGACGAGGUGAAGCGCCUCACGGGCCAGCGCGGCGUCGACAUCGUGUACGACCCCGUCGGGCUGCUCGUGCCCAGCCUCAAGGUCGUGGCGUGGAACGCGCGCCUGCUCGUCGUCGGCUUUGCGGGCGGCACCAUCGAAAAGGUGCCCGCCAACCUCGUGCUGCUCAAAAACGUCGAGGUGCUCGGCGUGCGCGGCGGCGAGACGAGCGUGCGCGAUCCCAAGCGAUACGCCAAGACCAUCGAGGCGUGCUUCGACAUGGUCGCCGGCGGCAAGGUGACGCCCGUGCUGCACGAGCGCGUGUAUGAGGGCCUUGAGGAGCUCACGGAGGGCUUGGUGGAUCUCGAGACGCGCAAGGUGUUUGGGAAGGCUGUCGUGCGGAUCCGCAAGGCGGACGGGACGCCCGCGCGGCUGUAGGUCGCGCUGUAGCUUGUAUCUAUCAGAAGGCGACG